CACUCCGCAUCGAUUACAAAGACCAAGUGGAAAAUCGCUUUCUUUCACACCCUUUGAUUUCUGGACCCAUUCAUGAAACCAGAGACUUUUCACCAACAGAGUUGGAGGCACUGAGGGGAGCUAUGGCAUUAUUUGUAGACAAACGCUUCCCGCUUUCGUUCUAUUACAGAAUCGCUGACAAAAUCGUCGGAGAGGCUGAUGUUUAUAGGGAGGAGGGGGAUUCGGAAGGUCUUUGCCGGGCUCUAAACCGUUACUCCAGGAUAAUGUCUGAGGUCAUACCCCAUCACCCAAGCUACUCAGUGCACUCAAAUGAAAUGCUUCAGCACAAGAAGAUUUUAGGUCAAGUUGACAGAGAGCUUGAGAACUUGAAUUCACAAACAGCUGCUAAAAACGUUAGGUUUAGUAGAUGUUCCACAGGAUGUUAUAGAGAAACUGAAAUUGAUAACACGCGCAGUGGUCAUAAGGAUAUUUGUCGGGACGUACUUGAAUCAACAGGAACUAGAAGCAGCUCCAGCGCUCUUACAAAACAUGUUGAGCAGAUCUCUUCCACUGCUACAGACAUAAUGAGCAAUCAUACAACGUUUCAAGAUGGACCAUUUAAUCUGCGUUUGGAUAUCAAUGUGCAUGAAGUUCAGCAUUACUCUCCCUCACCUGCUAUUUCGUGUGUGGAGGCUCCUCCUGUUAUUGGUCAUGUUUCUCAAAUAACUAUUCCAGAACCAAACAAAUUGCAUGUCGAAUCAUGUGACACGUCCUCAACAUCCAAGGUUACAAAAGAUGUGCAUAUAUCUGCUGGUCUGAUGGAACAGUUUAUGGAACUUGCUAAGGACAACACUAAGAAGGAUUUGGAGACUUGUGGAAUACUUGGUGCCUCCCUCGAGAUGCAAACUUAUUAUGUAACCACUCUGGUACUGCCUAAGCAAGAAUCAACUUCCAGUUCUUGUAAUGCUUUAAAUGAAGAAGAGAUUCAUGCUAUACUGGACGGGGAGUCUCUUUAUGCUGCAGGAUGGAUCCAUACGCAUCCUUCUCAAACGUGCUUCCUUUCAUCAAUAGAUUUGCAUACACAAUACUCCUACCAGGUUAUGCUACCGGAGGCUAUUGCCAUUGUAAUGGCUCCUACAGACCCUGAAAGGAAAAGUGGUAUUUUCCGACUAACAGAUCCAUCAGGUAUUGAUGUUGUUAGAAACUGCGAUGAGAGAGGUUUUCAUCCCCACCCUUCGACUGCAGAUGGCAGUCCCAUUUAUGAGAACUGCUCCAACGUGUACAUUAAUCCUACUUUGAGGUUUGAGGUUUUUGACUUGCGAUUGCGACCAAGUUACUGAAAUAUCUAAUCUGUGUUUGUGAGCAAUCUAUAAGCCUCAUUUUUAACAAUUUAUAUUUUUUAGAAGCAAAUAACAGAAGCAUAGUUGAUAUGUUGAGAUAGAUUUUUCUUUGAUGGUAAAGAAUUAUAUACAUUGCUGUUACAGGAUAAAAUAAAUGUUGAUUCCUGCCAACUAUAAACCAAUUUAAGUUGUUUGC